UUCGUAUGAAAGAGUCGGCUCGUCGAGUCUACCUGUUGUCCUGGACUAGUUCACAAGCUACGCUCGCCCGACGACAGCGCUACACCGUCGUACAGACGUCGCCAUCGCAGUUUAGUUGAUUACAAUAUAUUAUAUUGGUGGCUUAACAAUCAAUAAAGAUGGGUCAAUAUGAAAGCACAAAUCGACUCUACAACAGCAAUGUUCAGCUUGUUGAUAUGUUAAUUUUGAGACAGUGUAUACACUCAAUUAAUGUGGAAAAAGUGCUUAGAAGUGUCGACCGAGGAUUAUAUUAUACCAAUGAUAGUAAACUAGAUGCCUAUAGAGAUGCGGAUUGGCAAUCGGGAGAUGUUCAUUUGUUUUCACCAAGUCAUUAUGCUAUUGUUUUAGAAUGUUUGGAUCUUCACAAGGGUCAUAAGUUUUUAAACAUUGGUUCUGGAAUAGGGUAUUUUAGUACUCUAGCCGGCCUUUUAUUGGGUAUUAGUGGAGUUAACCACGGCAUUGAAAUUCAUAGUUCUUUGGUAGAUAUUGCAUAUCAAAAGUUGGAAGAAUUUAAAGAAAAUUGUGCAGCAAUUGAUUAUUUUGAAUUUUGUGAACCAGUAUUCAUCAAAGGUAAUGCAUUUGAACUGUUGCCAAUGGGUUAUUAUGAUAGAGUCUAUUGUGGACCUGGAGUACCACCAGCACAAGCUUUAUUUAUGAUGGAUCUCAUUAAAAUUGGUGGUGUAUUGGUUAUGCCAUCGAAUGGGGCCCUUGUGAAAGUAACGAGGGAAGGUGAACUCUCGUGGAAAACAAUUGAAGUCCUUCAAGUAUCGAUACCACCUCUUGUUAUGUCAGAAAAAAAUAGGAAAGUUUUAAAGUUUCCUACUGUUCAACCAUUGAGUUUAAAAGAGUUAUGCAGAUCAAACAUUCGUGCAUCCAUACGAGAUUGCUUAAUUGAAAGUCAUCCUGACUUGCAAAUGCACAUUAAAUGUAAGCCAAACAUAAGUUUUGAUCAAAAAUUGUUAAAUGAGACUCGCAGUGGAAUGAUGAGUUUACGGAGCGUUGUAGAUAUGAUUUAUGACCAUCAAACAUCAGAUCUGGAUUCAACAUCUGAGGAUGAGACCACUAAAGAAGAUAAUGAUGACGAUAAAAAUGGCCGUGGUGUUGAUGUUGAAGAAAAAAAUACAAGUGAACAGUGUGAUAAAAGUAUACUCAAAAAAACUGCAUCAGAUACAAAAAGAAAAGCAUCAGAAGCAGGAUGUUCUUCUAAACAAAAUGAAACAUUGCUCAAAAAACCAGAUAACACAAAAAGAAAGAGAAUCGAUACAUCUUCUAGAGCCGUUAAUCCCCCCGAUUACCAAACUACUCAUCUUGAGUUUUGGGAGACUAUGUUAAAUUUUUCACCACCCGGGUCAUCCGAGGAUGAUUAUGAGGAAGAUGAUGAUAAUAGUGAAGAUUUGGUUGAUGAUAAAAUAAACAAUGUCAGUGCUACUGUUAAAGAACCCUUGUUUCUGAGCAAUCGGAAAGAAAACGAGAUGAGUAAACUUCUAAAUGCCAAAAUCAAUCAAUUACCAGUACCAGCUGUACUCAAACUGUAUCUCAACUACAAUUAAUAUGAUUAAUUGAAUUUGUUACAGCCUGCAAAAACUACUUUUGAAUAAGUAACAAUUUUAAUAAUUUCACAAACACUAAAAAAUGUUUUAUGAUUUAAUUACAAUCACAAUAUGUUAA